UAGCUCAAAAAAUUGUGAAUCUCGAAUUUCUUUCGAUUUCCCCAUCCUAGAUUCAGCUUUCAUCCACACUUAUAAGAACCAAUUCCGAACUCAAAUCUUUCAUUUACAUAUAUUCAUCUCUUUUUCUCAAUGGAUCAGCCAAUUCACCCUAAAUUCAUCUUUAAUUUUCUCUGGUUCAUCCUUUUUUCUCCAGAAAAAAUAAAAAUCUAUUUUUUUUGGCUUUUAUGAUUUCAUACUCUUAUAUCUCUCUCUCCAUCUCCGCCGAUUCCAUCUCUUAACUUUCCCCUUUCCCUGUAAAAAAGAAGAGCCUUUCUCCUCCUCCUUCAAUGCCACCAUAAAACCCUAGAAGAAAGCUCAUUCCAUUAACUUCGUAAUGAUAAAAUCUCAUCUAUGUUUCCUCCUCUCCUCACUAAACUUCACAGCUUCUGAGACCAGCGUCUACGCUCCAACUAUGCAAGCCCUUAAAUAGAGCCUAAACCUCACUAAAGACAUAGACUGGUCCAACCCCAACCCUUUUAAAUGGCCAACCGUUCAGUGCGAUGCAAGCUACAGAGUCACGAGAAUCUGAUCCAACUCAAAACCAAAGGAAUCCGAGGAACCCUCCCUCUGAAUCUCCAAACCCUCACAGAGCUAAUCGUCCUGGAUAUUUUCCAGAACAGAGUCUCCGGUCCGAUCCCCGAUCUCUCCGGUUUAACCCGGAUACAUACCCUGAACCUCCACGACAACCUCUUCGACUAUGUCCCCAUUCCCAAGAACCUCUUCUCGGGGAUGACCUUUCUCCAAGAAGCUUACCUCGAGAACAACCCUUUCUCUCCCUGGGAGAUGGCCAUGGACAAGCAUAAGACCGGGUCCCCUUCUCUGAUGCUCCGGAUGCUGAAGAAGCCAAUACGUACGCAGGGAAUGAACGUGGAGGUGCAUACGACAUGGUGGUAGAUGUUCUUAUCCAUCACACUCGGUCGUUGCUACUAUCACAUUCUGAGCAGCCUCAACCCAAGACGCUAUUUUCCUUGACACGAAAUUUGUUUCCCUACUUUCCAAGACGAUCCAUCACACUCGGUCGUUGUUUUUAUCACAAUGUUGCUGGUGUUGAUGUCUGCAAUUGCAUCAACCCCGAUGUCCUUGACGUUGAGGUUCAAAGAACUGCAGUCAUGAUCUACGAAGAUAACGUUGAAGUAUAUGAUUCUAGCUUCCCAACCUCUGCAUAGCUAGGUUGAAGUACACAAAUAGUGGGGAAUCUCCGGCUCUCCGCCAACGUAUCCAAUAAAUAUUCAAUCUUGCGAUUGGUUAUUGAGGUUUAUUUUCGUGUUGUAUUUGGGUGGUACCACCCCCUUUCAGUCUUAUGUUGUCCCGACAUAUAAUGUAGUACUGGUUGCAAACUAUGUUUAAUAUAAUCAAAACUUUUAAACUUCUAA